ACCACUACCGCAGCAACGUUAGCAUAUUUUAAGAACGCAUAAUAUUUCCUUUAGAAGGCCAUUAAAGGCGUUUACGUAUAUUUGCACGCCCCAAAGAUUGUACACGGUAUCACGCAUUCUAGGGUGCGCGGUUUCCUAGAACGAGCGUUGCUUAGUGAACAUGGCGGCUACUGACUGCUGUGAGGAUGCGGGCUGUGUUGAAGGUACCGUUCGCGUUGUUGCUUACCACUGUGGAUUAUGAGCUGUCAGAGCUUGAACAACACCCAGGAUAUUCAACAAUAGUAACAGCAGCGUAUCAUGGCUCGUCUUGUGGAUUAUUUUGUAUUGGUCGGAUACGACCUCGAAAAGACAGGUAGCAGUGAUGGCCAGGGUCGAAUACUUCAGCGUUUUCCAGAGAAGGAUUGGGAGGAUAAUCCCUUUCCUCAAGGAAUAGAACUGUUUUGCCAGCCCAGCGGAUGGCAGCUGUUCACAGAUAAGAAGCCAGCCACUUUUUUUGUAGCUGUCCUGACUGAUAUUAAUUCAGAACGGCAUUACUGUGCCUGUUUUACAUUCUCUGAAGCAGUUGAGAGCACACAGUCUCUGAAAAGUGGUGAUGAUGAUGAUAUGGGCAUCAUUCAGCCAGCUGCGCUGUUUGCUCCAAAGAGUUUGGUGCUGGUGUCUCGUUUGGACCAUACAGAGGUGUUUAGGAGAACUGUUACAUUUGGCGCAGGAGACCGACAAGUGAUCCAGACGCCAAUCACUGAUUCAAUACCAGUCAGUGGAUGCAGCGUUUCUUUGCUCUUCAAGCAGCUGGGUAUCAACAACGUACUGUGCUUGUUCUGUGCUGCCCUUACUGAACACAAGAUCCUGUUUUUAUCCAGUAGUUACCAGCGACUUACAGAUGCCUGUAGGGCACUCAUGGCUCUAAUGUUCCCCCUCAAGUACAGCUUCACCUACAUCCCAAUCUUGCCAGCCAAUCUUUUGGAAGUUCUAUGCACACCAACACCGUUUAUUAUUGGGGUACAUUCCAUCUUUCAGUCAGAGACUGAAGAUCUGCUUGAUGUGAUCAAAGCUGACCUGGAUGGAGGUGAAGUCACUGUGCCAGAGUGUCUCCACAUCCCUCUUCUGUCUGAACCACUGCUGCACCAUACCAAGUCUGCACUUUCCAUGGUAUUGGAUCCUGAGUUAGAGGUUGCCGAUCUUGCUUUUCCACCUACCACUGCAUCUGUUUCUGCAGCAAAGAUGUUGGAUAAGGAAAUCCGGUCAGUUUUUUUGCGUUUAUUUGCACAGCUUCUUCAGGGAUACCGCUGCUGUCUGCAUAUUAUUCGUAUCAACCCAGAGCCUGUCAUCCGAUUUCAUAAGGCAGCAUUCCUGGGUCAGCGAGGAGUGGUAGAAGAUGAUUUUCUCACAAAACUGCUAGAUGGGAUGGCCUUUGCCGGAUUUGUAACAGAGAGAGGAACCCCUUAUAGGGCCAUUGACCUUUUUGAUGAGUUAAUAGCAGAUAAAAUGGACCAGAUUCGAUUGGAAGAAGGGACUCCCCAGAAAGUUUUGAAGCACAUCAGAGAACUUGCAGAACAAUUGUUCAAAAACGAAAACCCCUACCCUGCUGUAACAAUGCAUAAAGUCCAUCAACCUACAAAUGGUUCUCAUAUGCAAUUACAUCAAAAGCCAUUUCCCCACUUGGAUGAAGGAGUGGUUCAGUGGAUUAUUGACCAGGCAACAGCUAAGCUUCAGAAUGCUCCGCCUGCAGUUAAAGCUGAGAAGAAAUGCAUGGUGCCAUCUGGACCUGCUAUUGUAGGAGUAGUUGACCGAAACGGCAGUGCCCUAGCCAACAGUGCUCGAAGAUUAGAGGUGGUGAGGAACUGCAUCUCUUACAUCUUUGAAAACAAAAUGUUGGAAGCUAAAAAGUUGAUGCCAGCAGUACUAAGGGCCCUUAAGGGUCGAGCAGCCAGACAGUGCCUGACUCAAGAGCUGAAUCUACAUGCACAACAAAACCGAGCGGUGCUGGACCACCAGCAAUUUGACUUUGUAGUCCGGAUGAUGAACUGCACUUUACAGGAUUCUUCUGCCUUGGAUGAACACAGUAUUGCAGCAGCAAUUCUACCUCUGGUCACAGCCUUCUGCAGGAAACUGGGUUCUGGAGUGACACAGUUUGCAUACAGCUGUGUACAAGAACAUGUUAUCUGGACUACUAUGUCAUUCUGGGAAUCCAUGUUUUAUAAUGAUGUGCAAAAUCAUGUCCGAGCACUGUACCUGGAGAACAAAGACAGUGAUGGCUCUGAGCAGGAAAGCUGUGAUGACCUGGAGAAAGGCAAGUCAGCCUUGGAGAUUGCAUCUGAGCAGCGGAGGUUGUGGCCCACUUUGAGCAAGGAGAAACAGACAGAACUAAUUCAGAAAGAGGAGAGCAUUGUAUUUAGUCAAGCCAUUCACUAUGCCAACCGCAUGAGCUACCUAUUGCUACCUCUUGAUACCAGCAAGAAUCGCUUGCUGCGUACUGCAGGGUUGGGGGACCUGGAGAGUGUCAGUAACAGCUUUGUAACCAACAGCAUUGCAGGCAGUGUAGCUGAAAGCUAUGAUACAGAGAGUGGAUUUGAAGAUGCAGAGAGCUCAGACGUGGCAAACUCUGUGGUGAGGUUCAUUAACCGGUUUGUUGAUAAAGUGUGCACAGAGAGUGGUGUUACCAAUGAACAUCUGAAGUCACUUCAUAUCAUGAUACCAGAUAUUGUCCAGAUGCACAUUGAGACUUUAGAUGCAGUUCACAGAGAAAGCAGAAGACUACCUCCUAUUCAGAAGCCAAAAUUUCUGCGACCAUCACUUCUAAUGGGAGAGGAGUUUGUAAUGGACGGGCUUCGGGUAUACUUGUUACCAGAUGGAAGAGAGGAAGCAACGGGAGGAGUUUUAGGAGGUCCACCUAUUUUGCCUGCAGAGGGAGCUGUCUUUCUUACAACCUACCGAAUCGUCUUCAAAGGAAUGCCUUCUGACCCCUUAGUGGGAGAGCAGGUGGUGACACGAUCAUUUCCCAUUGGCUCGUUAACUAAGGAGAAGAAGAUUUCUUUGCCAGUUUCCAUGCAUUUUGUACAGGAGGGACUGCAGCUUCGUUCUUGUACAUUCCAGCUGUUGAAGAUAGCUUUUGAUGAAGAAGUGGGGUCUGACCAAGUAGAAGUGUUUAGGAAGCACAUCCACAAACUGCGUUACCCACAGUAUGUUCAUGGGAUUUUUGCAUUCACUGUGGGACAGAUCCAGAAGCAAGUCCUAGAGCCAAGACAGAAGGAAAAGAACCCUUCUUUAAAUUCCUGGCAGGUGAACGAUAUGCUCCAUGGUCUCACAGCGGGGGUUUUGUCUCUGAGUGCCAUCAGCCAUUCUACCACAACUUUAUCUAAAAACCUUGUGAAAAAUGCAAAAAAGACUAUCGGUCGCCAAUAUGUGACAAGAAAAAAGUAUACGCCUCCAUCUUGGGAUACCCGCAGCAACCAGCAAGCACAUGACAAUGAAGAUGAAAUUUCAGUUUCUGAAGAGCCAGAACAAAAUGCACUUACUUUAUCAACAACAAUGAAGUCUGCUGACAAGACAUUGAGUCAUGUGGUAGAACGAGCAUGUUGUCGGGACUAUCAGCGGCUUGGGUUAGGCACACUCAGCAACAGUCUUACCAGGUCUAAAAAUGAACCAUUCAGGAUCUCCACUGUGAACCGAAUGUAUGCAGUCUGCAAGAGUUACCCAGGUCUGUUAAUAGUCCCUCAGACUAUUCAGGACAACACUAUACAAAAAAUUUCUCGCUGCUACCGCCAGAAUCGUUUUCCAGUAGUAUGUUGGAGAAACUCUCGAACCAAGGCAGUGCUCCUGAGAUCAGCUGGUCUGCAUGGCAAAGGUGUUGCGGGACUCUUCAAAGCACAGAAUGCCCCAUCAGCAGUUCAAUCCCAAACAGAUUCUACCAGCUUAGAGCAGGAAAAGUUCUUCCAAGCUAUUGUAAACUCCAUGCCUCACCACUCUGACAUCAGUGGACGCAACACACUUGGCGGUUUCACUGCACACAUGACCAGCACAGUACUAGGUCACAGAGAUAGGGUCAUCACUCUCUCCAGCCAUAAAUCAUCAGUGAAAGGACAAGGCUCUCCAAGAGGGAAAUGGGGAAGCAUUCGUGGUGGUAGUCGGAUGAGCAUGUUUGGACCAAAUCCUGAUAUUGGUUCCCGUCUGGCCUCUAAAGAUGGUACACUUCCUCAGCCAAAUGGGGGACCUUCAGAUGCACAUUUCUUGAGACAACAGCGAGCUGCUUUGUAUAUCAUAGGAGACAAGUCUUUGUUGAAGGGGGCUAAGCCAGACCUACUGCAACAGUGGGAGCUGAUCCCUAUUGAAGUGUUUGAUGUCCGGCAGGUGAAGACAAGUUUUAGGAAGCUGAUGAAGGUUUGUGUCCCAAGUAAUGUGCAGUCUGAGUCCUCUGCUAGCACGGCAUACUACAGAACAUUGGAGGAGUCAGAAUGGUUAUCCCAGCUACACAAGAUUCUGCAGAUAUCAGUGCUGGUUGUUGAAUUGUUGGACAAUGGUUCGUCUGUGUUAGUUGGACUAGAAGAUGGAUGGGACAUCAGCACUCAGGUGGUAUCACUUGUACAACUUUUAUCAGACAACCAUUAUCGAACCAUGGAAGGCUUUCGUCUCUUGAUUGAGAAGGAGUGGCUCUCCUUUGGUCAUCGUUUCAGUCAUCGUAGUGCGCAAACUCUUGCAAAUCAGAGCAGUGGCUUCACCCCAGUCUUCCUUCAAUUCUUGGACUGCGUACAUCAGAUCCAUCAUCAGUUCCCUAUGGAGUUUGAGUUCAGCCAGUAUUACUUGAAAUUCUUGGCCUAUCACUAUAUUUCCAACCGUUUCAGGACAUUCCUUCUUGAUUCAGACUAUGAAAGAAUAGAACUUGGUAUAAUGUAUGAAGAGAAAGGAGAAAGGAAAAGUCAGCAUAUUUUUAAGACUGUGUGGGAUUAUAUUGAGAGGCUGCAUAAGAGAACUCCUGUUUUUUACAACUACAUGUAUGCACCUGAUGAUGGAGAGGUUCUGAGGCCUUAUAGCAAUAUCUCCAACUUGAAGAUAUGGGAUUACUACACAAGUGAGGUGUUAUCAGAGGGUCCCUCGUAUGAUUGGGAACUGGUCAAUGGGAGAUGUGAACAAGCAGAAGACAGUGACAAGCAAGACACCUCUGCCCCACAGUCAAAGCGAAAAAUAAUUUGGCCUUGCUAUGAUAACAGAAGUAAGGUAGAGCCAGAUGCCAUCACCAAACUGCUAGAGGAGUUGCAGGCUCUCGAAUCAGAACUGGGUCAGACAACAGAGCGGUGGAAAGACAUAUGGGAUAGGGCCCGAGCUGCCCACCGAGCAGAGUCUAAACAAGAUGGGAAGCAUGUGUCCAGUUCUCUGUUAAUCUCAUCCAAUGUGCAUCAUCAUCGUCGCUCUGCUGGCAUGUACCUACAAGAAAGUGGUCUGGGCUCCACAUUGAACCUGAACCUAAGUCUGGACAGUGAUAGCAGUGGUGUGUCCACACCUUCCAGUGGCAUGAUGGGAGGCAGACGGAGUACCAGUACUUUAUACACCCAGUUCCAGACGUCCGAGAGUGAGAACAGGUCGUUUGAAGGAAUACUCUAUAAAAAGGGUGCUUUUAUGAAGCCAUGGAAACAACGAUGGUUUGUGUUGGACAAAACUAAGCAUCAGCUGAGGUACUACGAUUACAGGACUGACACAGAGUGCAAGGGGACCAUUGAUCUGGCUGAGGUGGAAUCUGUCACUCCUGCAGCCCCUACCAUGGGAGCACCAAAAAAUGUGGAUGAAAAGGCUUUCUUUGAUUUGAAGACUACUAAAAGAUUUUAUAACUUCUGUGCAAAGGACAGUGUGCUAGCUCAGCAGUGGAUUGACAGUAUACAGAGCUGUUUAUCAGAUGCAUGAGCAAUUCUUAAUCUCGCCCCCACACCUGUACGUAUCACCAGAACUGAAGAAGCAUAUUGCACAAGAAAGAGAGGUAGCUGGUUCAGAAUGGGCAGCUCCCAGGACAGAAGCGGGGGCUGCUCCAGCAGUAGCUGAUGGAGAUCAGAAACAUUGCACAUGGAUGCUGUUCAGUUUCUCUUGUAGCACUGAUGAACUGGUCAUGCUGGAGAAGAUGAGGAGGAGCUGGAUGGCUCUGUAAAACACAGAACUUUAUUGUCUUUGCCCUUAUUAAUUUCAGGUUGUGUGAUGCUUGCAGCAGUUCUGACAGCUAUAGUUGAAGCACACUUAUGAAGUGUAUUUGACAUUAAGGGUGUUUGCAGGUAUAGGGACCAUUCACACCAGUUUGUGGCCCAGCAUUUUACUGGAACACAGUAUGGUAGAGGUAGACAUGGGUAUUGAAAAAAAAAAAGUUAACCCCAAAAUGUCACCUGUAUGUUGUAGUGGCAUAUUUUGCACAGAUGUACCCUGUGGUUACACAGGACUCCUAAGUCACUUUAAUCAGAUGGUUUACUCCAUGUAUAUACUGUCAACUGUUUGUGUGGCAAACGUUCCUGAUAAUAGAAAGGAGGUGGCUUUAGGCCACACAGAUUGAUUUGCAUUUCCCUUAUCAUGCCCAGCACCUUGAAACAGCUGCUGCAGUGAUAGAUGUGCUUCUUUCUUGUGAUGUUUGAUAACUUUGGGGUGGAGAGGGGUCUACCUGCAAAGCUGCCUUUGUAAUGCUGAACUACGGAAUGAAAACAAACUUGCUCAAGUGCCAGAAAACAGCUGCCAGUGAAAAUCCCAGGCCAGUGAAAUGAAGGGAUUUUUGGUAGUGAUGAUUCUCCCAUGUUUACAGGGCACCUUGUGCUAUUAUUUCAAGUACUUCCAGGUUUCAGAAAAACCACUAUUUUUGAUCAAAGUUUAAGGGAUGCUGAAAAAAGCAGUGAGAGAAGCAAGAUGAGGAGCACAUUAGAUACUUGUUCAUGUUCUCUUUGUUUACAGACCCCAGCUUUGAUGGGUUUUGGACCAAGUUAAUGAGAUGGAGCCCCAAAACAUUUAAGCAUGUAUUUUCAAGUCCCAGCCUGCGUGAUACUAAUUUGUAUCAUAUAACUGAUACCACCUAGCUUAAAUCAGAAAUUGGUUUUGCAUACUUCUGUAAGCUGGGUGAAUAUUGGUAGCGUUAGCAGCUUAGCUGUACUCAGGCUGCUGCUCCUUUGGUAUGUGGCAUAGGGUUAAGGGUUAGGCUUAAGGGUUAGAUUAAAUUUGAGUUCCCUGUAGUAUUUUUUCUUCCUGUUUCAGCAAUUCAAUUAUUUGAUUUGAAGCCAUGCCCUUCCCAGUGUUUAUUCUUUUCCUGGUAUCAGUUUAACAUCAUUGAAUGUUUUUAGUUUGGAGCACAUUGCAUAGGAUAGGCAUCUUAUUCCAUACCCAAGGGUGUGAUGAAAGGACCAAAUUAUUUGACUCUUAGACUUCGUCACUUUCUUUCCUUCCAUUUUUUGCCUACAUUUCCUAGUUCAUUUUUAUUAUAAUUUAUUUAUACAUAUUCGGUUACAAGCUGGUCUGAUUCCUGUGCACCCUCUGACUUUUCUACCUUUCCCAAGACCUGAGCCACAUGCAGUCCUGCUAUAGAUUGACACUGUUAUGUUUGUCAGUUAAAGAAGCAGAGACUGUGUCUGAUACGGCUAGUGCAUGACAUGAAAUGAUUUUCUACAUAUUCUUUAUCAGAACCCAUCAGUGCUGAGGACUUGAUAUUUUAGCAGUAUUGUAGCCAUAGGUUAAGCUGUUACAUGAUUGUAAAGCCUGUACAUAAACUAAAAUAUACAUUUUAUCAUAUAUGCUGUUACUAAUUAGAAACAUUUUGUACAGUUUAGCUGUGUAUCCAGAGGUCUUUCGAAGGCUUGAAUGUGUUUCAGUGCUCUAUUUUCUAGUAUUUUCUAGCUCUCCAGGGCAGUAUGGGGGCUCGUUACUGAGUGAUUACUGCCAUUCUGCCUGCAGUAAGAAACCAGACAUUUUAUCUAUGACAGAAGGAUCUUUGAAAUCUUUAUAUUUUAAAUGUUGUGGCAUAGGUUCUGAAGUCUUUGGUGGUUCUUAAAAUCUGUAACUGCAUUUUUAACCAUUUCUUUGUUUUGCUGCUUAAAAAUCUUUGUAUAAGGGCCCACUGAAAGGAUGCUGUAGACUGUGUGCUCCAAGACCUCUUGACUUCUCAGUGAUCAGAUCCUUGGAUAUUUUGAUGGCAUUGUUUUAGCAGGGCAGUCAUCAGUGGAGAUUUCAUGUUGCUACCAGCAGGUGGAGCUGUCAGACAAAACUUCACAGUAAUCUUCAAAGGGUCCCUCAUUUUUGGUAGUUUGCUAUUCAUAGUUGUGAUGGGAUUACCCAGAAGUGAAGAGUUGAACCCUCCCCAUAUCAGUACUUUCCUGCUGCUGGAAACAUCAGAGCUUGACUUAUGGUAAACUGUUCUUAACAUAUGAUCUUUCCCUCUUCCCUUUAAUUUUGUCAUACUGUUUAUGAAGUGUAGGAAGUUAUUUCUUCGCUUCACUGGCAUAUCUUAUUUAUCUGGUGUUUGCCUUUUUACCAAAUUUAUUUUCAUUUGUUUUGACUGUUUGGUACAAAAAUAAUUCUGCAAGCCACCUUUCAUAAAUAUUCCUUUGGGCAUAAUAUGGUACCUCAGGACAAACAACUUUGUUUUGCCUGGGUCCCACCUGUUUAUACCUGGAGUGCUGUCUGUAUAAACUGUGAUUAUAUAAAAAGCUGUAGACCUUUUUCUUUAAGGCAGAAACAUAAAAUAAGGAUAUUUCCCUGAUUGCCAUUGUGGUCUUUACUGAUCUAGAAAUGCUGCAACUGACAAACUGCAAGUAGGUUGGAUGAAGCUAGAGGUGCAGGAUAGCAGUAAAUCCAAAUAGCGUAAAUAGACUUCAAAGUGCAAAUACCAGUCUUUACUGAUCUCCUGACAUAGCCCCUUAGGUAACUGGUUGUUGAGAAGGAAUGUGGAGGCAUUUCUGAAGCACUGCGCCUCCUAACUUGAGGAGUGAUCUCUGGCAUCUGUUUAGCCAGAUAGGGAUGAGGAGGCCUCCAUGCCUUCCCCUUUUUGCAGCUCCCCUACAGGUAUGAUGUGUGAGGAUGAUGUUGCCAUGACUUUUGUUUGUCUUUCAUUGAAAAAGAGCUGUGCACAUCUUACUCUCUAUUUGGACAUCUCCUCAUGGGAGAACCCACUCCACAUUUGUGAAUUUGAUGGCUGUUUUGAAGAAAGCCCAUUAUUUGGUAUUAUUUGCUUCUAAGGAUACUUUUAUUUUUCUCCCUCGGAAUUCUUCAAGCUGGCCAAAUGUCUUGUUGAACUGAUUAAAAAGUGACCUACUAAUAGUCUUAUACACUCUGAUGAUGAGUUCUCCAAAGAUGAGUCUGGCCCAUGUGAUUGUAGAGACUUCUUUUAUUCAUACCUCAGCUAAGUCUCAACAAGUUUCUGCUGGACCUUUCUGCAUAGAGCGUGCUGUCUCAGGCAGAGGAUCAGUCCUUCAGUAAUUUUGUUUUGAUAACUGAAUGAUUAAUGGGCUUCACAAUAUUGCGGUUAAUGAGCAACAGUAGGACACAAUAAAAUGUCUGCAUCCCUUAACAUGUAAGGUUCUCUUUUCAGUCUUGCCACUCAUUAGUUUGGCUGUUAAUCAGCUUGGAAACACUCAGAAAAGAUGCAAGUUAAAGCUACUUAGCCGAAUAGGUGAAUCCUUCCCCCUGUAGUUUACUUAUUCCUGUACCAAUAGCUGGGGGCGACCUCUGCUGUGGCUUCACAUGAUAGACAGUGCAUUCCUCACCACCUCACUGAUCUCCACACAAAUAAAUGUCUAAAUUAUUUUAUUACUGGGGAAAAGGUAUAUGUUGCAUGUGUUCUAGUCAGAGGAGCCUGUUUCGUUUUUUUUUUUUUUAACAGUAUUAUUAAAUUAUGAUUUAAGACAUAGGCAUAUAUACAUUAACAGGAAAAGAAAACAAACCAUAUUAACAUUUUUCCAUUUACAUACAUUAUGCAUAAAAUAUCUUUUCUUUGUGUCAUCAGUGCAGUAUUACAUAAAUUCUUGAAUUUCUGCCUACCCUUAAACCCAUACCUCUCAAUCUCUUAGCACAAGAAAUCUGGCCAAAGCCAAAAAUAAUUUGGGGGUGGAGCAAGUGCCCAAAAAUGAGAACAGAUUUUAAAUAUCGCUCUUAUAAACUCAGAAAGUUGCUACAAUAAAAGUGGUGUUAGCAUGCAUUUUCUGAA